AUGUGGAGCCUUAAAUCAGGUUGUUUGCGAAUGACACAACGUGUGGCUUUGAAACAUUCCCUGGGGGUCAACAUUCCACAACAAUUCAGUUGGCCCUACUCUGAACAGUACUUCUCUUACAGGGAUGUAUGUGAUAACCUUUAUCUGCAUGAAGUACCUCCAAACACAUUUACUGGGAUGACUAAAGGAUAUGUUACUAUGUACCUGUACAACAAUGGCAUCAGAGAAAUACAUAAUUAUGCCUUCAAUGGGACAAAGAUUGAUAAGCUGGUAUUGAAGAACAAUCAAAACCUCAGAGAGAUCCACAGAGAUGCUUUUAAAGGAGCCACAGGACCAGGAGUCCUGGAUGUCUCAGCAACCGCAUUGACAGAAUUGCCAUCACAGGGGCUGGAGUCAGUUCUGGUGUUGUCAGCUCAGUCAGCGUAUGCUUUAAAAAGUUUGCCUCUGAAGGGACUCAGGAGUCUCAGAGAGGCUCAUCUCACCUACAACAGCCACUGCUGCUCGCUGCUGAACCCCCACAGGCUUCAGCGUGUGAUUGGAGAUUCAGCUGAUUCGGCUCUUAUGGACACAACACCGCUUUUGUCAGAAGCUGACUUUGACGAGGAUUACAGUUUUCAACACCUGAAUUACUACUAUCCAGAACUGGACAUGUGUGAGACGCAACCAAUAAUCUGCACACCGGAGGAAGAUGCUUUCAAUCCCUGUGAGGACAUCGCAGGAUUUGGUUUUCUCAGAGUGGCCAUUUGGGUCAUCAAUAUUCUGGCCAUUGCAGGCAACCUGAUGGUGCUCCUGGUUUGCAUUACCAGCCGGAACAAGCUGACGGUGCCUCGCUUCCUCAUUUGCCACUUGGCUUUUGCUGACCUGUGCAUUGGGGUCUACCUCCUGGUGAUAGCCACAGUAGACCUACGCACACGUGGUCACUACAGCCAGCACGCCAUUGAAUGGCAGACAGGGCCUGGAUGUAGCGCUGCAGGCUUCCUGUCUAUGUUUGGUGGGGAGCUGUCAGUCUACACCCUCUCCACCCUCACCUUAGAGCGGUGGCACACCAUCACCAACGCCCUGCACGUUGAACGCCAGCUGGUGCUUACGCAAGCAGCAGGUAUAAUGGCAGCUGGUUGGCUCAUCUGUCUGGGAAUGGGCAUGUUACCUCUGGUCGGAGUGAGCAGCUACACCAAAGUAAGCAUGUGCUUACCCAUGGACAUAGAGACUCCCCUAGCUCAAGCCUUCAUCAUUAUCGUCCUGCUCCUCAACGUGAGUGCCUUCAUCGUUGUAUGUGUUUGCUACGUGCUGAUCUAUCUGGCUAUAAAAAACCCAGAGUUACCCGAAAGGAGUGCCGAUACCAGGAUUGCAAAGCGCAUGGCUGUGCUGAUCUUCACAGAUUUUCUCUGCAUGGCACCCAUCUCCUUCUUUGCCAUCUCUGCCGCCUUCAAGUUCCCCCUCAUUACGGUUACCAACGCUAAGAUUCUGCUGGUCCUCUUCUUCCCCAUCAAUUCCUGUGCCAACCCCUUCCUUUAUGCUAUCUUCACCAAGGCUUUUAGAAAGGACACUUUUCAGCUCUUGACUGCUAUGGGCUGCUGCAAAAACAAGGCCAGCAUUUAUCGUAUGAAGGCCUACUGCUCAGAGAAAGCAAUAAAAAGCCAUGUGGAUAUCAAUAAUAAGGGGUCCCACAAAGCAGUGUGUCUGGCCACCAUCACACACAAGGACUGUCACCCAACCAAGGAAGGGGGGCUACACCUAAAUAAAGGAGAAAUGCAGAACUCUUGA